AUUUCGCGUGUUGUUUACUCCGCGAAGCCCACGAAAAGAUCAUAAACAAUUAUACAGUACCGCAGCGUGUACCAUUGAUAAUGUCGCGUUUGUGGGUGUUUAUGGGUAGGAGCUUGGACAAAAGCUUCUGCUGCACCCUUUUCCACAGAAAGUUCGCCCUUCCGAAUAGCACAGGAGGAUUUCAAAGGAAUUACGUAACACCGGCUAAAGAUAAAAUAGACAAGAAAAAUCUACUUGAGGGAUGCAGACCCUUGUACUUGGACGCACAAGCCACAACACCAAUGGAUCCAAGAGUUUUGGAUGCGAUGCUGCCUUACUUGACUAGUUACUAUGGCAAUCCACAUUCCCGCACACAUGCUUACGGAUGGGAAAGUGAAGAUGCCAUGGAGAUCGCAAGAAAACAAGUGGCGGAUUUGAUUGGCGCUAGUGAUCCUCGCGAAAUUAUUUUCACUUCUGGGGCUACAGAGUCCAACAAUGUGUCCGUCAAGGGUGUUGCCAGGUUUUACAGUUCGAGGAAAAAACACGUCAUCACAUCAGCAACAGAGCACAAAUGUGUUUUGGACUCUUGCCGAGUGUUGGAGUCGGAGGGAUUCAAGGUUACUUACCUGCCUGUCGGUCAGGGUGGGUUGAUUGACCUGAAGCAGCUUGAAAGCGAGAUCACUCCCGACACUUCUCUAGUUUCCAUCAUGACGGUGAACAACGAGAUCGGCGUCAUUCAGCCUGUCGAGGAAAUAGGGGCGCUUUGCAGGUCCAAGAAGGUGUUCUUCCACACGGACGCAGCUCAGGCUGUAGGAAAAAUUCCUCUUGACGUUAACAAAAUGAACAUUGACCUGAUGUCCAUCAGUGGCCACAAAAUUUAUGGUCCUAAAGGUGUUGGUGCUCUUUACGUGAGGCGCAGACCAAGGGUGCGUCUAGAGCCACUUCAAAGCGGCGGAGGCCAAGAGAGAGGAAUGCGAAGCGGCACCGUCCCAACUCCACUAGUGGUCGGUCUUGGUGCUGCCUGUGCUCUUGCUCAACGAGAGAUGGAGUAUGACCACGAGAGAAUGACCAAACUUUCAAACAGACUGCUUGAGAAAAUUUAUGCUAAACUGCCGCAAGUUGUGAGAAAUGGUGACCCGGUGAGGACAUACCCCGGUUGCAUUAACUUGUCUUUUGCUUAUGUUGAAGGCGAAUCACUACUGAUGGCCCUAAAGGACGUGGCCCUGUCAAGUGGCAGCGCUUGCACAUCAGCGUCGUUAGAACCUUCUUACGUUCUGCGUGCAAUUGGUGCAGACGAAGACCUGGCACAUUCCUCUAUCAGAUUUGGCUUUGGGAGAUUCACAACAGAGGAGGAAGUGGACUACACAGCUGAACGGUGCAUCGAGCAAGUUACGAGACUGAGGGAAAUGAGCCCUUUGUGGGAGAUGUUCCAAGAUGGAGUCGAUCUGAAGAGCAUCAAGUGGAGUCAGCAUUGAAACACUUCAGACUUUCAAAAAAUCCAUUCAUCAUAUAAUAAUAUAUUUUAAGUUGAAAACUAAUGCAAACGAUUAAAUUGUCUUUAGAAGAAAAUUAAAAAAUUUAUUUGGAAGCUUAA